CUCUGUCAAAACAGUCGCAGGCGGUGGAGACAGCUCGGGGGGCCCCUCGGUCCCAGCCCCGCCACCGCAAUGGGGUCGGGAUCGCAGGGACUGGGCAUCGCCUCCCAGCCCCGCCGCCCGCUUUCCUCCUGCUCCAUGAAUUAAACAUGCCGGGGAGGUAAUGCACACUGCCGGGGAGGGAGCCGUGGGCACAAGGCCAAAUUCCCGCUCCAGCGAGCUGGGCAACGCGGAUACGGGGUGGGUGGCAGUGGGAGGGAUGCUCGGGGUUGGGCAGGGGGCCCGGAACCCCCUCUGCUUCGAGUGCUCUGUCCCAGCUCGGGGAUCCCUUGGCACAGGGCAACGUGUGAGCCCCCAGAUCGAGAGGUCAAUGUAGCCCAUGGGUUCCCUGCAGAGCCUUUGGCCUCCCCACCAGCUGUGCCAUUUGGGAUGGGGAGGGAUCUGAGCCCCCCGCAGCCCAACCCAGAGACCAGCCUGUGUCCCUUCUGUAUGCGUUCCUGCAACGAAGGGCAAUGCUGGAGCUUCCCAUGCGGGGCAAUCUGGGAGCCUCCCUCACCCUAACGCUAUCCCUCACCCUAACGUUGAUGCUGACUCUGACCCUAACCCAAUCCCAGGCUGCAGUGCAGCCCAGCUACCCCCCACCCAGUGCAGACGCCAAAGCCACCUCUUGUCCCAGGAGCCCUCCCCGUGCUUGGCAGAUGCCCUGGAUCAGCCCCAUCCCACACACCCAUUGUGCCACGUGCACUGCGCACCGGUGAGGCUGUGAGCACGGUGACAGCCACCGCCUGGCCCCGGCCAUCCCGUGUGAGCAGCGGCACGCCGCGGCCGCGGGGAAAGCCAGCAUCUGCUGCCCGUGUGACAUAAAAGGCCCCAAACCCUCUGAUCUGCGGAGAGGGAAGGGAGAGGCCAGCAUGAGUGCCAAGGGGAAACUUUCCUAUGGCUCAGGCAGGGGAAAAACUAACAAACACUCAGGCAUGCAUGCACACACAGAGAUUAAAUCCCGGUGAGCGGAGGAGCAGGCUGCGAGCAAGGGAGUGAAGGAGGUUGAGCCGGGCUGGGAGCUUGGGGCACGUCCCGGAGCCCCUGAAAUCCAGCAGGUCUGUGGCCAGCCCCGCCGCGAUGCUCGUCCUGCUGCCAGGCUGGGUGGCCCUGUGCAUCCUGCAGCUGUCCCUCAGCAGCGCCCAGGAGUGCCUGGGCCACCAGCAGGUGCUCAGCACCGUGCGGCAGAUGCAGAAGCUGCUGUCAGCACAGGAGGCUGCCCACCUCCAGGGCACGCGCAGCCUCAAGAAGCAGCUCUCAGUGCUGCACAGCCGCAUCCAGAGGCUCGCUGGCAAACGCAACGAGACCUGUCCGCAGCUGGCCGUGCCCCUGAACGGGCGGAAGCUGGGCCGGAGUACACGGGUGGGCCACGACGUUCACUUCAUCUGCGAUGCCGGAUUUCAGCUGGUGGGCUCGGAGACGCGCACCUGCCGGCGAGACCGCACCUGGAGCGGCAGCCAGCCCUUCUGCAGAAGUAUCGACGACUGUUUCAGCAACCCGUGUGCCAACGGUGGGACCUGCGUGGACGGCAACCAGAGCUACACAUGCCUGUGCCCACGGGGCUGGUCAGGAGCCAGCUGCCAGAGCCCAGUCUAUGCCUACUGGGUGACGCUGAGCAACUCAUCCUUCAGCCGCCAGCCCCGCUGCGCUGAGGGCCGCCCGGGCUCGCGGCACUGCAGCUGCGAUGCCGGCUUCCAGAUGCGAGCGGGAGGUGUUUGCCAAGAUGUGGAUGAGUGCCAGCUUUUCCAGCCUAACCCCCAGACCCGGAUCUGCCUCCACGACUGCCUCAACCUCCCCGGCUCCUACCGCUGCCUCUGCCCACUGGGGUACGUGCUCCAUGCCAACCGCAACACCUGUGAGGAUGUGGAUGAGUGCGCUGGGAGCCAGCACAAUUGCACCCAUGGCGAGCUCUGCAUCAACACCUACGGGGGCCACCGCUGCGUGCUCCCCAAGUGCCCCCCACCACGCCACAACACCAGCUACGUCAAGACCUCCAGCUUCCAGUGCGAGAGGAACCCCUGCCCCACGGACAGCCGAGCCUGCCGCCUGGCCGCCACCUCCAUCUCCUUUCACUACCUGCCGCUCCAGGCCAACCGCACCGUGCCCCGCGUCCUCUUCAAGAUGUCCACCACCCGCUUCGUGGGCGACAGCCUGCGCUUCGCCAUCAUAGGUGGCCGGGGCCAGGGCGUCUUUGCCGUGCGGCGCUCCGACCGGCAGACGGGAGAGCUGGUGCUCACCAGCCCGGUGGUGGGGCCAGCCACACUGGAGGUGGAGCUGGAGAUGAGCGAGUUCUCCCGCAAGGUGCUGCUGGGCAAGCACAUCUUCAAGGUCACGGCCUUCGUGUCCCCGUACGAGUUCUGAGACGCGGCUCCGCUGGAGGCAGAUGUGGCUCUGUCCUGGGGAGCGAUGGAGUGGGAUCAGCGUGGUGACCUCAGCCCUCGCCCCAUUUGAGCCAUUUCUUGGAGCUGGCCUCAGCGGGUCCUCCCAACUCGGGAGAUGCUAUGAUAUUUUAGGAUUCCUCGUGCUUGCUCAUGGCUGUUAGAGCAUAGCAGAAGACCCCCUGCCCAUUGCUGAUGCCGCCAGGAGGAACCAAGAGGCCGUGCUGGGCCUUACAGCAGCAGGGGGCCCAUCCAUGCCAGCACACCCUGCUUCCUCACGCCUUGUACCCAUCUAAUAAAAGAAAAGCGGCUAAUAGAA